AUGACAAACAAAUCGCGUGGUGACCGCAUAUUCUACAUGCCACAUAAGCCAGUGGUUAGAGCCAACGCCCAAACGACAAAGGUACGAAUGGUAUACGACGCAAGCUGCAAGCCACACCCACUAGCUAAUAGUGUCAAUGAAUGCAUGCACACCGGUCCACCUCUUCAACCACUAAUGUGGGACAUCAUGAUACGAGCGCGCAUGGCCCCACACCUGAUCCUCGGUGACCUGGAGAAAGCAUUCUUACAGAUUGCGAUUAAGGAAGAAGAUAGGGGCGCCUUCAGGUUCCUCUUCAACAUAAACGACAAAGAGCAACACUUCCGGUUCGCCCGUGUACCCUUCGGCGCAGAAGCGAGUCCAUUCAUGUUAGGAGCCACCAUUCACCAUCACCUUGACCGCUAA